GAGAAUCCAAUGUUAAACAACGUUCCAAUGUAGUUGUAUGAGGCAAUGACAAAGGGCAUGUAUGUGCAUCCAUCAAUCAUCAUCUGACACGGCCAGAGCACUGAGAGAUAUCAGGUAUUGAUGUAACUUGAGUGAAUAAGGGAACCUUCUUCCUGAGCACAGACAUUGGAGCCUGUUAUCAGCAUGAACUCAUAUGUGUUAGACAAACACGUCAAUAGUUCAUAUCCAUCUGUCACUACAGGAAGCAUCAGAAUGAUACCGCAAACUCCAAACAUCUUAGACACUAAUGACUAUUCACAAACAUUGGGGAAAUCACAGCAGAUAUUUAAAGGAGAUGGAGAAUUGGCAGGAACUGGGCAGCAAUCAUUAUGUACAGAGAGUAAUUUAGUCAUCAAACAAGAGGACAACAUUUAUGCCUUAUCUAGUGAAAUGAUUAUCCCAGAGGAUAAACCACACACAUUCACUGAGUACUCAAAACAUUUCAAAGAAGGGAAAAGUCUUACGUCUAGCCAAAUGGUUCAUACAAAUAAGAAACCAUUCAAAUUUACAGAAUGUGAGAAAAGCUUGAAAAGUAAUUUGCAUCUCCUUGAAAACCAUACAAUUCACACAGUUGUGAAAACUUACACAUGUACAGAAUGUGAGAGAUGUUUCACAUCUAAAGGAAGCCUCAGGUAUCACAAAAAGACCCACACAGGGGAGAAACCUUUCACAUGUACACAGUGUGGAAAAAGUUUUACACAUAAAAGUAGUCUGAAAACUCAUGAAAGGAGUCACACAGGAGAAAACCCUUUCACAUGUACAGAGUGUGGAAAAUGUUUUAGACAAAUAAGUAAUCUGAAAACUCAUGAGAGAAUUCACACAGGAGAAAAACCUUUCACAUGUACAGAGUGUGGAAAAGGAUUUACACUAAAGAGUCAUUUGAGAACUCAUGAAAGGAUUCACACCGGCGAAAAGCCUUUCACAUGUACAGAGUGUGGAAAAGGAUUUACAAACAAGAGUGAUAUAAAAACUCAUGAAAUGAGUCACACAGGAGAAAAACCUUUCACAUGUACAGAGUGUGGAAAAUGUUUUACACAAAAGAGUAAUCUGAAAACUCAUGAAAGGAUUCACACAGGAGAAAAACCUUUCACAUGUGCAGAGUGUGGAAAAUGUUUUACAGUAAAGAAAACUCUUAAACAUCAUGAAAGGAUUCACACAGGAGAAAAACCUUUCACAUGUUUAGAAAGUUGAAAAAGUUAUCCAAUGUCAGUCAGGUAUCACAAAACACAACAUAUUUACUCACAAAUAAACUUAAAAGCAAAGUGUGGAAACCUUUUAAAAAUUAUCCUAAAGAGGACAAACUCCCUAAAUAGAAGAGUCAAAAAAGGCUCCUAUUGGAAAUAAUACUUUCUAAAUCCUAGUUACAAAAUCUCCAUAUUGGAAGAGCUCUCCUGCUGUCCUUUAUUCCUCUAUAUAUGUGCACCUCAGUUUCUGUCAUAUCAAUAGGAUAGAAUCCAAACACCAAACAGGAAUAUACAACUCUGUCCUCAUACUGACAAGUUUACACAAACAUUCACCACCAAAGCACCCCCAGUGUUGUUUAUUAAUAGGACAGCGUACUCAUUGAUUCCUGCAUGUUGAUGGAAUUUUUUCUUCCUAAUGGGAAAGAGUCCACAGCUGAAUUCAUUACUUGUG